AUGAAUGAAACGGAAAUCGCAAAUUCCACAUUCUCGCUACCAUGGAUUGUCGUUAUUAGCACAUUGUUUUGUGUUCUGGUUCUUCUGUCAACCGUGGGAAAUCUGUUAGUGAUGUACGUGAUAUUACGCAAUCGAGGAAUGCGUACUGUGACCAAUUAUUUCCUAUUCAAUUUGUCCGCCGCAGAUUUGUUAACUUUUCUGCAAAUAUUACCCAACGUGCAUUACGCAAUCACUGACAACUGGGUGUUUGGUAUUUGGUUCUGUCGUCUGUCACAAUUUUUUACCGCUUUCAAUAUCGCGAUUAGUGUAUUCACAUUCAUUGGCAUUACUGCUGAUCGGGCCAGUCCGCAGACGACUUUGUGCUUUAUUCUGCUGAUUUGGGCCAUUGCAUUUGUCGUUGGAUUGCCGGGUUUGUUAGUUGCUGAUAUUGUGCCAAAAGAUUUACCGCAGAACGAGACAGUUCUUUCCUCAAACGGCACUAUCUGGAAUACGGAAACCAAUCAGGAAGAAAUUAGAAGACAGUGUAUAUUUGAUUGGUCUCCGGAAUGGGAAAAAGCCUAUGACUUCACUCUAUUUACGUUGAUGUACGCACUACCACUGGUCGUUCUCACCGCCACCUAUGUUCCAAUAUCCAUUCGAUUGUGGUUUCACCAUGAAAUUGGUGAGGUGACGCGGGCACAGAUCGCGAAUACACGAUCCAAACGACGGGCGGUCAAAAUGAUGUGUGCAGUGAUGUUGAUUUUCGCAAUUUGCUGGCUCCCGUAUCAGUUAUUCUUCCUGAUUCUCCGUGUCAGUAGUGUGGCCAAUACAUGUCCGUAUUUACCAGGCAUCUUCAUAUUCUGCUACGGACUGGCCAUGAGUAACUCGGUAUUCAAUCCGAUUAUCUACUUCACGAUGAACCGCCGGUUCCGCAACGGGCUCUUCAGUCUGUUUUCAAACAUUCCCUGUUUACGUUUUGUGGCUCGUGGUUGGCAGUCUCGAAGAAAAUCAAAAAAUGUGGCUCAAGAAACCAUUGUGGGACGGAAUUCCUCUUGCUCGUUACAAGAACAACGUGCCUCACUGCGGUACAACACUUGUCGAACGGGAACCCCUUCAUACAUGGAAAACACUCGUUUAACUGUCAUAGAAAAUCCAUUGAGACGGAAACCUUGA